AUGAAAUCAUUGCAAAAAUAUGAUUAUGUGUUUGGUAGAACAUUGGGUGCAGGUUCAUUCGGUGUUGUAAGACAAGCUAGAAAAUUAUCGACAGAUGAAAAUGUAGCUGUGAAAAUUUUAUUAAAGAAAGCUUUGCAAGGUAAUGAUGUUCAAUUGAAAAUGUUAUAUGAUGAAUUAUCCAUCUUACAAAAGCUGGAUCAUCCAAAUAUAGUUAAAUUUAAAGAUUGGUUUGAGACAGAAGACAAGUUUUAUAUUGUCACUCAAUUGGCUACCGGUGGUGAAUUAUUUGAUAGAAUUUUGAAAAGAGGAAAAUUCACCGAAGUCGACGCUGUAGCCAUUUUGAUCCAAAUACUAAAAGCAGUUGAAUACAUUCACUCCAAAAAUAUAGUUCAUAGGGAUCUAAAGCCUGAAAAUGUGUUGUAUAUAGAUAAGUCAGAUAAAUCACCAUUGGUAUUGGCAGAUUUUGGGAUUGCAAAAGAAUUAAAAUCUAGCGAUGAUCUAAUUUUUAAAGGCGCUGGAUCGUUAGGCUAUGUGGCACCAGAAGUAUUGACAUCUAGUGGACACGGGAAACCAUGUGAUAUAUGGUCAAUUGGGGUAAUCACAUAUACACUUUUGAGUGGUUAUUCUGCCUUUGUAGCUGAGUCUGUUGAUGGAUUUUUAGAUGAAUGUACCCAAUAUGAACACCCAGUUGUCUUUCACAAACCAUACUGGGAUGAUAUUUCCCAAGAGGCAAAAGAUUUUAUAUUAAGAGCUUUAGAUUUGGAUCCUAAAACAAGGCCCACCGCAACAGAAUUGUUACAGGAUCCAUGGAUUGUGAGUAAAGAACUACAACGUAAAGAUUUGUUACCAAGUGUUAAGAAGAACUUCGAUGCUCGUAGGAAGUUUAAGGAAGCAGUGGAAAUUGUUAAGUUAAAUAAUAGAAUUCAAAGAUUGAGGCAGAUGUACUGUUUGACAAAUGAAAUAGAUUCUGAUCUAGAAGAAAAUAGGUCUUCUAGUUCUAUUAACUUGUUAUCCGAUAGGAUGAGUGGUCUAAAGAUAAAAAAUGAAAGUCAUGGUCCAUCCUUAAAUUUAAAUGAUAAAACCAAUAAUAAUGAUAAUAAUAAGAAAAGAUUUAAUGAUGAUGCAAGGCUGAAAUCUGCUCUCACCCAAGAUGCUUUUGCACAAAUAGUUAGAGCAGCCACCAAAAACAAAGAGAAAAUUUUAGAAUAUCAGCAUUCAGAGGCUGCUAGUCAAGAUAACCUUUCAAUAGAAAAUAAACAGCCUGAAUAA